AUGAACGUGCCCCCUCAAGGGCAAGUAGGAAUGCAACAGGGGCCUCAGCAGCAGCCCCAACUGGGCCAACAGCAGCCGGGCCAGCAACAACAGCAAGCUUCCCAGCAAAAUCAGCAACAACAGGCUCAACAACAGCAGGCUCCUCAACAAUCGCAACAGAAUCAACAACAACCAGGUCAGCCAUCCAGUCAACAAUCGCAGCCUGGAACGCCUGGAUCACAAGCACAACAGCUUCAACAGCAGCAACAGCAGCAGACUCAGGAGAAGCUCGACAACAUUUCUAAAGUCAAAUCUCUGAUAGGACCUUUGAAAGACCACUUGGCUGUUGCUCUUAAAAGUGCUGCUCAUCUUCUUCAUUACAAUACCAUGGUGGACAAUGGUUCAUCGAAAGGAUUGGAUGUUGUUCCUCCCCGCCUUGAUGUAAGCCUGGAGGCAUUUUAUAGUACCUGUGACCAAAUUGAGCUACACCUUAAAACAGCUAUUGAAUGCUUGAAUCAAGGAGCCAGCAGUCAACGUUAUCUUCCACUUAACGUUCUACCCACAAGAACUGAACAUCAGCCUGGCCAAGAGGGUCUCCUGUAUCCACAGUACUUAGCAACUGUUAAAGCUCAGAUUCAAUUUGCUAAACAGAUGCAUGACAUCUUAAUAAUGGCUGUUCAGAAUUUAAAUGCCGUAGAAUGAGAACGCUAUACAUUUUUUACUACAUCUCUGUGAUACUGUAAUUAUUAGGAAGUGGUUAAGGUAAGUAAUUGUGUAUAGGUCUUUGUAAAAGGUGUUUAAUGAAUGUCAGGUAUCAGGCUUUUGCUUCAAAAUGAGCACAAAAAUAGAUCAUACAAAUUGUACAAAAAAAACUUUUAUAUAUACAGGAACAACAUUAUAUCACAAUAUGAAUUUUAACAAUUUUUAAAAUCCAUAUAAUAUGUUUUCAAAUGGAUUUGAGGGUUUAAGGAUUUUUGUCAAAGUGUUGUGUCUGUCCGUCUACAGUUUACUAUAGUUAGUUAGUUUUAAUUACCAACUAAGUAAUGGUUUAAGAAUUUGGUCAUGAACACUAACCAAGUGUAUGCCAUCUUAACCAUUAUCACGGAUUGCAAUUUGUCUUAUUUUGCUAAAAUAGUCAAAGUUCCUGUCACAAUUGUCAAUAUCAUAUACAAAGGCAAAGGAAUUCAAAGUACUGUAGUAUGAGUCCCUGGUUGCACUGCUAAACUAAAUAAGAAUAUAUCAAUAACAUUAAACAA